AUGGAUGAAGACGCAGUCCAGGUGCGGGUGGCGUUCGAUUCGAGAGUCAUAACCCAGCAGCGGAUGGAGUUUAUCGCCGAAAACUUCGUAUAUGCCAUUGCUCAGCUUUCUGACAGUGAUUCAGCAAACCGACAGCUUACGACCCUACAAGGAGGAUCCUCGGAUGUUCAUCAAGCGUGGGAAUGGAAUGAUAUUGUGCCCGAGCCUACCCGGGAGUGUGUUCACAAUGUCAUUUCUCGCAAGGCCAUCCAAUACCCCUUGUCACCUGCGAUUGAUGCCUGGGAUGGCAGUUUCACCUAUGGGGAGCUGGAAGACCUCACCACAAAAAUCGCUCUCCAUCUUCACAGUAGAUCGCUCAAAGGGAAGGUCGUCUCGCUUUUGUUUGAGAAAUCAAAGUGGAUGCCGAUAGCUGCCGUUAGCGUGAUGAAAGCAGGAGGUGUCUGUCUUGCUUUGGACGCCCAACAACCUCCAGCUCGACUGAAGGGGAUAGUGACGCAAGCGGAGUCUGAACUGAUUUUAUGUGCCGAGAGCAACAUCUCCCUUGCGCAGCAGAUUGGAGGACAUGUACUUGUCGUUGGACCAGACCGCCAGUGGCCGAGGGGGGAUUCAUCCACCCUGCCGACCGUAGUUCCAUCUGAUGCCCUCUACGUCAACUUCACCUCAGGCAGUACCGGGAUCUCAAAGGGAGCUAUCAGCACGCAUGAGGGCUUCUGUUCUUCGAGAACUCACCAACAGAAGACACUGGGGUUCUCCGAAUCAUCACGUGUGCUCGACUUCUCCUCCUAUGCCUUUGAUGCGUCCUGGGCGAACUGUCUGCACAGUCUAACUUCUGGGGGCUGCCUUUGCAUUCCCGCACAAGAGGAGCGUGAUAAUGAUCUUGCUGGUUGCUUGAAACGAUACAACAUCAACUCGGUGGAUCUCACGCCAUCUGUUGCGCGGAUUGUCGGUCGCGAGUCUCUUUCGCAGCUAUCUUCCCUCAUUCUAGGCGGGGAGCCCGUUGUUCCUGAGGAUGCCAAUCUAGCCGGCCCAGAUACCAAGAUCUUCAACGUUUACGGACCUGCUGAAUGCACAAUCACUGCAACACUGGCGGAACUGCGACCAAAUGACAUUUCCAUUGGGCGUGGUGCAGGUGUAUGUACUUGGGUCGUCAACACAGACACCGAUACUCUCAGCAAGAUUGGAGAGGUUGGUGAGCUUUGGCUGGAGGGACCUUUGGUAGGCAAAGGAUAUCUCAAUGACCCACAACGUACGAAAGAAUCCUUCAUCGAGAACCCUUCCUGGCUGGUCGCGGGUGUCACUGGUACAUGUGGCCGGCCUGGUCGGCGGGGAAGACAUGGAAUACUAUAUCGUACUGGUGAUCUCGUUCGAUAUAGAGCGGAUGGAUCGUUGAUAUUCGUGGGGCGCAAGGACACGCAAGUCAAGAUUCGUGGGCAGAGAGUUGAGCUGAGCGAGGUCGAACAGCACAUUCUGGACGCCCUACCGGUUGAUAUUUCUGCGACGGUGGUUGCGGAGUUGAUCAACCCAGUGGAUACCCGCGGAGGCGCUCUUGUUGCGUUUGUGACACUGAAAGAUGCAGAGAUUACCGACAUGACUGAACAAUCACACAAUGCGGCUGUUGAAAACGCCGUGGCGGGUGUGCUGGCCAGCCUCGCGCAAGUCAUUCCCCCGUAUUUGAUACCAGCCGUCAUAAUCCCCUUACAGAGACUACCUUUGCUCAGUUCAAAAAAGAUUGACAGGAAAGCAUUGCGCACUCUCGGUGCGAGCCUCUAUACUCAGCAUCGCAACACUGGCAGUCGGGCGGAAGAAUGCUUGGACUUGCAGCCUUCCAAUGAUGCAGAAACCAUUCUCCAGCAAGUCUGGAUGUGUGUUCUCAACUUAUCCAUGGACGAAGUACCGAUCAACAAGUCUUUCGCCCGGCUCGGUGGAGACUCCAUCACUGCAAUGCAAGCCGUCUCACAGGGUAGGCUUCGUAACAUCUCGUUCACCGUAACAGAUGUACUGGAAGCUUCAACGAUUAGGAAACUCGCUCCUCGUUGUAAACUUGUUGCACCACCGCAAGCGUUUGAAUUGAGCCAGCUUGGGAGUGCGGAAGAGGGUACAGGGGACGGGAAUCCUUUCGACUUGUCUCCCAUCCAGAAAAUGUUCUUCGAGGCAUACCCAGAGGGCMUCAAUCAUUGGAACCAGAGCUUCCUCCUGGAACUUGAAAGACCAGUUUCCACAACACUGCUAGACAAUGCUUUGAAAGCUGUCGUCGCACGCCACGGAAUGUUACGCUGUCGGUUUGAAAAGGAUACAAGAACCGGUCAAUGGAUACAGAGAGUCAUGCCAAAGACUGACGGUGAUGCUUCUCUCCUGCAAGCGCACGUCGUAGACUCCCUCGAGCAAGUUUUCAAGACCUCUCGAUCAAGACAGCAAUCGCUUAAUCUCCAACAUGGUCCGGUCUUCACCAGUGACUUGUUCCAGAUAUCUUCUACUGGAACUCAGCUCCUUCUCUUAUCGGCUCAUCACGCAAUCAUCGAUCUCGUAUCGUGGCGUAUUCUAUGGGUUGACAUUGAGGACUUUGUAGACCACGGGAAACUGCUUUCGCACCCGACAGCCUCCUUUCAGCAAUGGUGCCAUCAUCAGAUUGUCGUGGGAUCCAGCCUCUCUCCUUUGUCGGUCUUGCCCUAUGUGUUUCCUGAGCCGCCGUUGAACUUCUGGGGCAUCUCGCCUUCGGACAACACAUAUGCAGGGUGUGAGGCUCAUGAGCUCAGCUUUGAUUCGAAUAUCACCUCAGCUCUAUUCGGAGCAGUCAAUGAAGCUCUUCGUACCGAGCCGAUUGAAAUUAUGAUCGCGGCAUUGAUGCAUUCGUUCCUGCAGAUAUUCCCUGAGCGAGAGCCGGCGGUUGUAUGGCUGGAGGGACAUGGCCGCGAAUCACUCGACGAGACACCUAUAGAUGUCACCAGUACAGUCGGAUGGUUUACCACCCUCCACCCUCUUGUCGUUCCUAUAUCCCUGGGAAGUACCCUCGUGGAUACAGUCCGUCUCGCCAAAGACAACCGACGGCGUGUACCCAACAAAGGCCAAUCCUACUUUUCCUGUCGUUACCACAGCGAGUCUGGACGGGAGAUAUUCAAAGGACACGGCCUCCCGGAAUUGGUCCUCAACUUCUCGGGCCAAUUUCAGCAACUGGAGGCCAGAGGAGGCCUUUUCACGCGUCCGGACAGCUUCGGCGUGGAGAAUAGCGAUAUUGGCGAGAUCGCUCCAACAGCAAAACGUACCAGCAUGAUCGAGGUCAACGCAGCAAGAGAAGAGAACCAAUUCCUGGUCACAUUUUACAUCCACAAGGAUCUGAAGCAUAGAGAGAGGCUGAAGGAGUGGAUCACUUCCUUUUCUCAUACAGUGGAGUCUGCGACCGAGGAACUACUCCGUCAUGCUCCGAGUUUCACCUUGGCCGAUUUACCUCUACUGCCUUUGUCUUAUUCGGGCCUUGAUAUGCUGCUGAGACAGCAACUUCCCCGUUCUGGAAUCUUGCCAAGCGAUGUUGUUGAUAUAUAUCCAUGCUUACCGGCGCAAGAAGGUAUCCUGCUGAGCAAGCAAAAGAUGGCAGCUUCAUAUUCUACAUCAACAGUCUGGAGCUGCGUGCCGGGACAAGGUGGUUCAUCCGUAAUCUCCACAUCGAUGCUUGAGGAAGCUUGGAGGACAGUGGCGCAGCGGCAUACCAUUCUGCAAUCCGUUUUCGUGUUCAACCCUGAAGGCGAAGGUUUCGUCCAAGUCCUCCUCCGUGACCCGCACGUUCACAUCGUCACUGUCGAUGCUAUCAAURAGACAGCGGUGGGGAGGUUGGAGAAACUUGAAGGGGUAAAGUUCACAUCCCGCGAACCGGAACAUGCAUUCUUCAUCUGCCAGUCCAGUACGGGUGAGGUAGCUUGUAGACUGGAUGCCUGCCAUACCCUCAUUGAUGCUGCCAGUUUGAGUCGACUGGUAGAAGAGUUGACAUAUGAGUAUGAGGGCACUAGAUUGGAUCCCGCAACACCAUUUCGAGACGUUGUGAGCCAUGUCACAAGCAUACCAAAGGACCAACGUCUUUCCAGAUGGAGCAAGCUCUUGCAGAACGUAAAGCCAUGCCAGUUCCCAAUUCAGGCCACUAAGUCCCACCAUGGCGGUACUAUCGAGCGAUUCAGCUACAUAUAUCUUCCACAACCUGCAGUUGAAGGCGUGACCGCCUUUUGCAGGCUGCAAAACGUGACUCGCUUUGUCUUUAUCCAAGUCGCAUGGGCGCUGGYUCUGGCUCACUUCACCGGCGAGAAAGAUGUCUGCUUUGGCUAUCUUUCUAAUGGACGUGACACACCUGUAGCUGGGAUUGAAGACGUCGUCGGUCCUCUGAUGAGCUUACUCGUAGGCCGCGUUGAUCUUCGCGGGUCAGUGGAAGAAGUGCUCCACAAUACCUCGCAGGCGACAAUUACGCAUCGAAGCAUUCAGCACACUUCUUUGGCCGAAAUCCAGCAUCAUCUGGGUAUUUCUUCUCAAAAUUUGUUCAAUACGACACUUUCGGUGCGGGCAGCAGACAAGCUGGCAAAGAAAGGAGGCAUUACAUUCCAUCCCCAAGCUGGCGAAGACAUGCAUGAGUUUGAUGUGGGACUCAGCGUCAUGAUUGAGCAUGAUGCGAUGGAGGUGGUCUUGGAGUAUCGAGAAUCCUGCAUCUCUGCUCAGAUUGCGCAGGAAGCUGCUAGGGUUUUGGCCCAGGCAUUCGAGUUCCUUCUUACCACGACAAGCGACCAAGACAGCAACACACACCUCGAGAUAAGGGACGCCUCGGACUCAUUUUUCAGGCACGUUGUUGGAAGUGAGUCGCCGGUAGCGAGGAAGUUCUGGUCGGAGCAAUUCGCUGGCAUCCAGGUCUCUCACUUCCCGUCAACGCCGCUCACUCCAACCGUCGAAGCUGUUGACGAUACCUUAGAGCUUGAUUUUCAAGAUUUCACGUCAGAAGGACAAGAAUUCACAGCUUCAACCGUGCUUAGGGCUGCUUGGGCGCUGCUAGCAUGCCGUAUGACUGGUUCUUACGAGGCAGUCUUUGGUAUCACCGUCCCGAGUGACACCAACACCGGUACCGCACUUCCCAUGCGUGUCGUGGUCGAUAUGCAGGACAGCGUAGCAAAGUUUCUCCGUCGGAUUGAGUCCCAAGGUGAUGACAUCCGCCAAUUUGGUCGAAUUGGAUACCACUGGCUCAAGUCAUUGAACGACGAAGCGGCGGUUGCUUGCGAUUUCCGAGCUGUGGUGGAAGUACUGGAUGAUGCUGUCGAGCUGCCUCCGAUGCACGCCGGGGCUAUAUCCAUCCGAUGUAUCAUGAGUACCCAGCGAUGUACGAGACUCCAACUUCGGUUCAACUCAAGCAUCAUGGCAAGAGAACAGGCGACACGCAUGCUCCGUCAGCUCAAGCAAAUCACUAGCCGACUGCUCGAUACAAGUCUGAGAGAUCAAACGCUCAACAGCGUAGAUAUGACCAGCUUGGAAGACCUGCAACAAAUUUGGCGGUGGAAYGCAACGGUUCCAGCAGCAGUCAAUUCGACCAUGCAUGAGCUCAUCACACUCAAAGCCCAUGAACAACCCUCCGCCCCAUGCGUCUGCGCUUGGGAUGGUGAUCUGACCUACCAGCAAGUGGACGAUCUGUCGACAAAACUAGCCAUUGAGCUCGUCGUUCGAGGCGUCACGCCAGGCUCGGUGGUCUUGCUCCUAUUUGAGAAAUCCAUGUGGAUGCCCAUUGCCGCGCUCGCAGUGAUGAAGUCGGGCGCGGUCGCCAUGGCUACAGAUGCCACCUCUCAGUCUGAGCAAAGACUUGUUGCAAUGGUUGAGAAAGUUCAGGCCGCGGUCUGUCUCUCGUCGCUCGCGAAUGUAGGACUGGCAGGCCGUUUGUGUGGUACGGUUGUUAUAGUCGGUUCGGAACUGUACAAGAGUCCACUGUAUGCUCCAGAGAGACUUCUCCCUGCGGUUGGCGCAAAGGACAUUCUGUUCGUGCAAUUUACAUCGGGGUCGACGGGAGUUCCAAAAGCUGUCAAGAUUACACACGGGAACAUGUGUAGCGCCGUAACCCAUCAAGGACGAGCACUUGGCUAUCACAAGGACGCCAGGGUUUUGGAUUUCGCCUCUUACUCAUUCGACGUGUUCUGGUCAAAUCUCCUCAACACCUUGAUCAUUGGUAGGUUUCCCGUCCCUAAGGCGUGA